AUGGCAAAGGCUUCUACCCAAGUGCGCAAGGUCAAGGAGCCCCGGAAAUGCGGUCGUCCUCCGAAAAAGCAAUUACAGCCCCCCAGUAGUACACAGGCAGAACAUCCUCCAAGUCAGGAAGUCGGCUCAAAGACUAAACCACGGCCAUGGCCCAUUCCACCAGAAAAGUCUAGCACUUUGUUGGCAGCCACAGUGCCAGGUGGAUCCAGCUCUGCACCAGACAUCAGAGCAGCUGUAGCGACAUCAAAGUCCACUGACUUUGAUGAGAACACAGCCGCCACAUUGUUACUUGGCUUAGCUUGGCCAGUUGGAGACUUGGAGGUCCCAGAUCUGGUUGGGAAAUACAGUAUCAAGGAUGAAGACUUCUUCCAGAACCUCAAAGAAUCUGAGGCCAGUGGCUUGGAUGAUGAGCAUAGCCAAUCGGGAGAUGAGGAGGAAUCUGAAUCAGAGGACAGCGUUGAAGAUAACGAGGAACCUGAAACUGAUGAAGAGGUAAUUGACAUACCUCUCAAUGUGCUGGUCAACGGUGUCCUUGACACUUUGACUGUGAGGUCCGAUAUAUCCUGGGAUGCCUUCCAUCGCAAGAUUGCAAAGGCUAUGGAGAUCUUCCUAGAGAACCUCAGUAUUGCCUACAAGUUUUCGACUAAUGCGAAGACAGCUUCCCCGCAUAAACUCGACUUGGCUCGCAACCUGCUCCAGUUGCUUGGAGAUGCAAGUGAAGAACUCAGCGGUGUGACUGGAAGGUCACGGAAGAAGAAGUUUGCGGUAGAGAUUGUUGAUAUACGGUUGCUAGAAGUAAGCAAUGGUGAAUUGAAGAAGGGGACAUUGACCAGCAGUAAGACAAAGAACAACAGCGGUCUGGACUGCUGUGACACCGCCCCUGGCCUAGAAGGCCUUGUACCUGAUCCAUGGAGGCUGUAUGCCUCAUGGACACCUAGACUGGCGCAUGGAUCUGUAACACCUACUAGAGCCCCAGCUCUCCCUACACCUGCCCCCGCUCUGCUAGACUCCCCGCGCGGCGGUGCGCCGCCUGCGCCUAGAACAACAGCGGUCUGGACCGCUAUGACCCCGCCUCAAGGCGCUAUGACCCCGCCUGAUGCUAUGACCCCGCCCCUGGCCUAG